AUAUAUGGGGCGUAACAGGGCACGAGGGGGCGUAGCUCCGAUGGCCGGACGUGCAGGCUGCGGAUCCCCGUAGGCGAGCGAGCGGCUAGGUUCGUGAUCUGGAGAGACGCUCAGAUUAUUAAGUUCCUGCAACUUAACUGGGAACUGAUCAAGAUUUCAAGCUAAAGAUGGUGGUGAUGAACAGCCUGAGGGUCAUUCUUCAAGCCUCUCCAGGCAAAUUGCUGUGGAGAAAGUUCCAGAUUCCGAGAUUCACGCCAGCGAGGCCCUGCAGCCUCUAUACUUGUACUUACAAAACCCGGAACCGAGCCUUGCAUCCACUCUGGGAGAGCGUGGACCUGGUUCCUGGGGGCGAUCGACAGUCACCCAUCAACAUUCGGUGGAGGGACAGUGUUUAUGAUCCCGGCUUAAAACCACUCACCAUCUCUUAUGACCCAGCCACCUGCCUCCACAUCUGGAAUAAUGGGUACUCUUUCCUCGUGGAAUUUGAAGAUUCUACAGAUAAAUCAGUGAUCAAGGGAGGACCCCUGGAACACACCUACCGAUUGAAGCAGUUCCAUUUUCACUGGGGGGCCAUCGAUGCCUGGGGUUCUGAGCACACCGUGGACAGCAAAUGCUUCCCAGCAGAGCUGCACUUAGUGCAUUGGAACGCAGUCAAAUUUGAAAACUUUGAGGAUGCAGCACUGGAAGAAAAUGGUUUGGCUGUGAUAGGAGUAUUUUUAAAGCUAGGCAAACAUCAUAAAGAGCUACAGAAAUUAGUGGAUACUUUGCCGUCAAUUAAGCAUAAGGACACCCUUGUGGAAUUUGAGUCAUUUGACCCUUCCUGCCUGAUGCCUACCUGCCCAGAUUACUGGACCUACUCAGGGUCUCUGACUACCCCACCCCUCUCCGAGUCUGUCACCUGGAUCAUUAAGAAGCAACCAGUAGAGAUUGAUCAUGAUCAGCUUGAGCAAUUUCGGACCCUGCUUUUCACUUCCGAAGGGGAGAAAGAGAAAAGAAUGGUGGACAACUUCCGCCCCCUUCAGCCACUGAUGAAUCGCACUGUCCGUUCAUCCUUCCGGCAUGAUUAUGUGCUGAAUGUACAAGCAAAACCCAAGCCGGCGACCAGCCAAGCAACCCCCUAAAACGUUCAUAUCUAGGCAGUAUUUUGCUUUUGCUUUAAUAUAUACUAGCUUACUAAAAAUUGUUAACUAGACUAUUCUAAGUGCCUGCAUUUGAUAAUAUUUACAGAUGUGCAUUUCUUAGCAUGAGAGUGCUUCAUCAGUCUUUGAGGAAGGCUAUUCCGUACCAGCAAGAGACACAAGUUUCUCUUACAGAUACCUGUUGGUAAUUGUAAUGCCUUUUUUUUUUUCUUUAAGAGGCUAGGUCUUGCUCUGUUGCCCAGGCUAGAGUGCAGUGGCCCAAUGAUAGCUCACUGCAGCCUUGAACUCCUAGGCUCAAGCAGUCCUCCUGCCUUGGCCUCUGGAGUAGCUGGGGCUACAGGUGCUGGCCGCCUGGCCCGGCUUGUAAUAUCUUUUUAUGUCUGACAUUUUUGAGCUAUCUUUUUAUGUUUAUCCAUUAGUGAUUCUAUAGUACUAUACGUAGGGAUUAUAAUCAAAAUUUUUAACAUGUGGUAAGGCACAGACACUGACCAGAACUCAGGCCUUUCAGAAACUGCCUAUGGGCCCAGACUGGUACUUCCUGGCUGAAUAUUGGUCAUGGUUUUAGGUGUAUUUUAUUUUAUAACAUUAAUGUGUAUUCUUUCAUAAGGGCUUAUCAAUCAGCACAUUUGCCACAGUGUUUAGUUGUUACAAGGACAUGAUACGUUUACUUACUAUCAGUUUAUGAUGUAGAAAAUAUAUUUUGUAAUUAUAAGAAAACAAGACUUUUCCUAUACCCAGAAAUCCCUUUGCAUUUCCGAAGAUCAGAUAUUUUACUUAAAUGUCUGAUCAUAUAGGAAAUAUAUGCAGAACAUUUUAAAGAAAAUGCCUGGCCGGGCGCAGUGGCUCACACCUAUAAUCCCAGCACUUUGGGAGGCUGAGGCGGGUAGAUCACUUGAGGUCAGGAGUUUGAGACCAGCCUGGCCAACAUGAUUAAACCCUGUCACUACUACAGAUAAAAAAUUAGCCAGGCAUGGUGGUGAGCACCUGUAAUGCCAGCUACUCGGGAAGCUGAGGCUGGAGAAUCGCUUGAACCCUGGAGGAGGUGGUUGCAGUGAGCCAAGAUCACACCACUGCACUCCAGCCUGGGCAACAGAGUGAGACUCUGUGUCUAAUAAAAAAAAAAAAGAAAAGAAAAAAUGCUUAAAGUGCCUAGAACUUAGAAUUCUUUCAUUGUACAUUUCCAGAAAUAUUUUUCUUUUUUUUUUUUUUUGAGAUGGAGUCUCGCUCUGUCCCCCAGGCUGGAGUGCAGUGGCACUAUCUUGGCUCACUGCAACCUCUGCCUCCCGGGUUUAAGCAAUUCUCCUGCCUCAGCCUCCUGAGGAGCUGGGACUACAGGCUCAUGCCACCACGCCCAGCUAAUUUUUGUAUUUUUAGUAGAGAUGGGGUUUCACUAUGUUGGCCAGGCUGGUCUUGAACUCCUGACCUCAGGUGAUCCACCCGCCUUGGCCUCCCAAAGUGCUGGGAUUACAGGCAUGAGCCACCGUGCCCGGCCUUCCAGAAAUAUUUUUCAAAGGACUAGUAAUCUAAUAGGCUGUAGUUUAUAAUAUUAUUUUGUAUUAUUUGCACACUGUACAUAGUAUAUAAUGAUAAUGUUUUCUACAGUGAAAGAGGUAUCCUGUCUUCUCUUUACAACUGUCUGAACUUUAUUUACUCAUUAGUCAAACUUCUUUGCAAGGCAGGUGAUUAACUUAAAUAUCUCAGUGUAUACAGUGGUUUAAAAGACUUCUGUUAUGGUAAUAGGGAGAGAAACUUGUCAGAUCGGCUAAAAUCUAGAUAAUUCUACAUAUUCUGAGGAAUUCAUGCUCCUGUGGCUCUUGCUUAUAAAUAUCUUGGAAUGUUUCCGAAUGCCUCUAAGCCUAUGUUCAGACUCAGUGUUGCAUCAAUGACUGGUAGUAUUUCUUUAAUUAAUAUGUUUGUCAUCUGGUCUGCAAGAUAGGGUUGGAUGAAUAUGCUUAACACUACUGAACUGUACACUUAAAGAUGGUUAGGAAGGAAACGGGACUACAUCAAACUUAAAAAUGUCUGUGUGUCAAAGGAAGCAAUCAACAAAGUGAAAAGGCAAGCUCUAGAAUGAGAGAAAAUAAUUGCAAAUCAUACAUCUUAUAAGGAGCCCAAAUCCAGAAUAUAUGAGGAACUUCUAUAACUCAACAACAAGAAAACCAAAUAACUCAAUUUUUAAAAAUGGGCAAAGGACUUGCACAGACAUUUCUCCAAAGAAGUUAUACAAUUGGCCAAUAAGAACAUGAAAAUAUGCUCAACAUUGCUAAUUAUUAGGGAAAUGCAAAUCGAAACCACAAUGAGAUAUCGUCUCAUGCCCAUCAUGAUGGCCACUAUCAGAAGAACAAAAAAAUAACAAGUGUUGGGGAGGAUGCAGAGAAGUUGAAACCCUUGUGCGCUGUUGGUAGUAAUGUAAAAUGGUGCAGUCAUUAUAGAAAACAGUACACAGGUUUCCCAAAUAACUGAAAACAGAAUUACCAUAAGAAUUACCACCAAAGCGGGAUCUCAAAGAGAUAUUUGUACACCCAUGUUCAUAGCAGCAUUAUUCACAAUAGCCAAGAGGUUCUGGAAGCAUCCCAAAUGUCCAUCAACAGAUGAAUAGAUAAAGAAAAUGUAUAUACGUUCAGUGGAAUAUUAUUCGGCCUUUAAAAAGAAGGAAAUCCUGUCAAAUAUACAGUGUAGAUGAACCUUGAAGGUAUUAUGCCAAGUGAAAUAAGCCAGCCACAAAAGAACAAAUACUAUAUGAUUCCUCCAUGUGAAGUAUCCAAAGUAGUCAAAAUCAUACAAUAGAAAGUAGAAAGGUGGUUGCCAAGGGUUGGGGGAAGGGGAGAGGGUAAAUUUGUAUUUAGUGGGUACAGAGCUUGUGUUGCAAGAAUUCUAGAGAUCUGUUGCAAAACAAGUGUGAUUGUACUUAACACUACUGAACUGUAUACGUAUAAGUUUGAGAAAUAUCUCUUUUUAAAAGGGGGAAAUGUGAAGGCUUUUGCAUGUAUGCCCUAGGAAAUGCAUAGAAUUCUUAGAAAGGUAAACAUAGUAAAAAAAAGAAGUCUUUGUUAACUUUCUGCAGUUCACCUGUUUCAAAGUAUAGUUACCUUUAAAAGGGUAAACACAAGAUAUGCGUUUUCCAGAGCACACAGGCUUUCCUCCUAGCUGUCUUGUUUUUAUUUUUUUUUUUUUAUUUUUUUAUUUUUUUGAGACAGAGUCUUGCUGUCGCCCAGGCUGGAGUGCAGUGGCACGAUCUUGGCUCACUGCAAGCUCCGCCUCCCGGGUUCAUGCCAUUCUCCUGCCUCAGCCCCCGGAGUAGCUGGGACUACAGGUGCCCGCCACCACGCCUGGCUAAUUUUUUGUAUUUUUAGUAGAGACAGGGUUUCACCGUGUUAGCCAGGAUGGUCUCUAUCUGACCUCAUGAUCCGCCCGUCUCAGCCUUCCAAAGUGCUGGGAUUACAGGCGUGAGCCACCGCGCCCGGCCUUCCUAGCUGUCUUGUGAAACGAUCAGUGCAAAACCCUACUGCAGUGAGUUUUCCAAAUUGAAGGGAGAAGCAAUGUACAGAAUGCCUGACUUGCCCUUACAUGUUACACCUGGUGUUCUGGCAUGAUUAUUAACCACACUCUUUUUCACUUGGAACCAUGUCCUGGUUUGCAUGGCUACCUUCCCUGCAGAGGUGAUAGAAACUGGCUUGAGGCAGUUUCUUUCUCCAUGCCUUAGUUAGAUGACCCUCAAAGGGGCACAGCAGAUUUCCCUGCCUACUGAUACACCUUAACAAGAAGCUUGUGUUUUUUAUGCCCUCAAAAGUGUUUUACUUGUACUUUCCUAGACAUAAAGGUGAAAAAUGGGCCCAAGGUCUGUCAAAGGUCUUGGAAAAGAAGAUUGUAUUAAAAUUGCUGUCCAUCUUCAUUAAAUAAUACUAGAUCAAUACAACCCUUUCUUUACAAUAUUAGUGGUUGGUGAAAGACUUCCUUCCUAUUGUUUCAGUAUAUGUAUAUGUCUGUAAAAUUAAUGAGAUAUCCUUUAACUUGUAGAUUAGAAAGCGACUAAAAACUCAUAGGGGAUUUACUAAAGAAGCAACAAUGGAAAGAAGCAGCCGAUCCUCCUCAGUGCACCUUUUUCUGUUGCACAGUACAGUGCACAGUCUGCUGGCAUCACCAUAUAGGGCAAGCUGUGACCGCCUUUCUCCUUUCCCAGGGCUACAUGGUGCCAAGCAGGUUCAGUGUACACUGGUUACCAACCUGUCUGAUUCCAGUGUGACAGAAUACACUCACACCCAAUACAUUACAUGAAGCAGAUUUAUUACUUACAGACAGGAAGCAAGGGACAACAGAGGCCCGGGCUCCAUUGUGAGCCAGUCCCCCAGGGCUCAAGAAAGCUGCCCGGGGCGGGGCUGAUGGAGUCUUGACUGUAUGUGCCCCACUUGCACCACAGCCUGCCUUGGGUUAUAUACCAUAGGAGCCACAUAACUCACUGGGCAAAGCUUUAAAGGACAUCCUGCUUCCAGGGGAGAGAGGAACACAACCUGGCUGUCUCAAACAGUUCCUCCCUAAAUCAAGAUGUUACAUUCCCUAGGAGGGACAAGAACAAGGCCAAGCUGUUUCAGGCAGUUCCUCCAUAUCCGGAUUUUGCAUUCCCAGUGCAUUCUACAGUUAUUCUUAAGAACUAUAAACAAGGAAGAAGGGAGAACUGAGUCAGUCCAAGGCCACCUGGAGAACUGUCUUGUACAUGGGUUAGGGUAAAGUUGGCUAUUCUAAAACCAAGCAUCCACCCAAAAGAAGUCUUGGAAGACGUCUUUCCCUGUUAAAUUCAAAUGAUGGUAAUUAUAGUUUGGAAGUGGAAUUGGCUUUUAGAGUUACUUCUGUAAUGAAAUUAACAAGCAAUUCAGGCCUAUUUCUGAAAAUGAAUUUAGUGGUUAAUUGUUAAAAAUAAAUGUCUAACUCCUAUAAAAGGAAAUUUACAUUCAUUUCUAACUCACUAAAAAAUCUAUGGCCGGGUGCGGUGGCUCAUGCCUGUAAUCCCAGCAUUUUGCGAGGCCGAGGCGGGUAGAUUACCUGAGGUCAAGAGUUCGAGAACAGCCUGGCCAAUAUGGUGAAACCCCGUCUCUACUAAAAAAAUACAAAAAUUAGCCGGGUGGUUGUGGCACACACCUGUAAUCCCAGCUACGCAGGAGGCUGAGGCAGAAGAAUUGCUUGAGCCCAGGAGGUGGAGGUUGCAGUGAGCCAAGAUUUCUUAGAAGCAAUUGUUACUUAUUGUUCUGAAGUGAAAGUCUGGUCUGAUUCAGAAGAAAUGUUACAACUCAAACACUGAUGCUUUUAGAAUGGGCAGCAAUUCUCAGUGUAAAUUCUGAUCACAGGGACCAGCAAAAUUGGUGACUUGCAUAGCUACAACAUUCUGUGCCAUCCAGGGCACUCUAGUUUGGGGAUACAACUGCCAAACCUCCAACUAGAGAGUUUAGUUUAAGAUUUAGUCAAGAAGCAGAAAGGUAAAGGUGACAAUGUGUAGUAAACCAUGAUAGAUGUUAUAAAAGGUGGAAUACUUGUACUGGAAAUGCAUACAGUGCCUCACCCCCUCUUGAGGGGGUCAGGAAGUUUUCACACUAAUGAUGAUGGUGAUGAGAUGAUGAUGUAAUAGCUAAAGUUUUGGAGGCAUUCACUAUUGCUAGGCACUGUAUCAGCAUAUAACAUGGGUUAUCUUAGUUUUCACAAUAAAAGCGUUAUGAGAUGGGAA